AGAAUGUGUUAAAGAAUGCAGAUGGAAAGUGGGUUGAGAAGGAAAUUCAAACUGAGCAAUUUCAGCACUUCAAGAACCUGAACAUAUAUAAAUGUCAACUUGAAACCAAACACACUGAUGAUGAAUGCUCGAAAAGAGAAUGUUUACAUAGAAAUUUUUUCUACGAAAACUGCGGGCAACAUCCUGUCAUUUUCAUAAGUUUUAAAGAUGUCUAAUAUCAUAGUAAUAAAUUAGAAAAAUCACUUAAUGAGUCUAUUCGAGAUACGUUUCUGCAACAUCCCUAUCUUGGAGAAGAUGCUCAAAGUCGUUUACCUCCGUCCUUCAGGAAAUUUUUUUCUCUUAGUACUGAUUUAUUUUCAUCCUCAGAAUUUUUAUCCUUAAAAUUUUUGGCAGUGUGCUUGAAAAUACAAUUUCAGAAAAAAUCCUUUGUGUUGGUAGACGAAUAUGAUGCUCUAUUCACGUGAUGCUAAGCGAUAACACAGUUGAUGAGAAGCAGGUGCAGUCUAUCAAAUAGUAUUGGAUGUGUGAUUGGCUCAGUUCUGAAAGAUAAUCCCAACAUUUCUGGUAGCGUGGUCAAUGCCUCAAUGGAAAUGAAGGGAACUCUAUCAUGCCAUGCUAACAAUAUGAUGGCCUGUACCUUUUUGGAGGAUCCUAUCUAUAAAGAUUACCUUGGAUUUACAGUGACAGAAGUGGAAGAGUUGCUCAAAAAACCUUUACUUCAGAAGUUGAAUAAGGUGGACCUUCAGGAAUUUUACGACGGUUAUAAAGUGUUAAACUUCAAUAUAAAAAUAUACAACACUUAUUCCAUUGUGAUGUACCUGAAUCAAUGGAUUAGACACAUGAAGAUGAAGCAUAAAGAAAAGGAAAGUCCAAAAAGUGAUGACUGCAAACCAAAGAAGUACUGGGUUGACCGAGGCAUUAACCUGAGUAAAGUCUUAAGGAUUACCAAAUUAUUAGAAAUGGCUGUAGUCCUUUGUGGUAGUGGAACUGCAACAGUUCAAGCAAUAGAAAACAAGAUGACAAUUUGUCAUUUAUUGAGCCUCAGAAAACUACUCAGUGAACCUGAUGAUGUUGUUCUGAAUGACGAGUUGGUUGCAUUAUUUUUCCAUUUCUUGAAAAAUUGUGGUUACUUGUGCAUUACAGAGGAGACUGCGAAUACAAUCACUUUGUCUGUACCAAACAAGGAAAUUCAAAUUUCUUUAAUCAGAGAUAUAUUUUAUUCAGGAUUGUGUGCAAAACUAUAUCGUCUGGAUCAUAAAAAAUACAUCAAUGCAUUAAAGAAACUUGACAUGGAUGCUGAAUCUACAUUUCAAGAUUUUGCAAACUCAAUUGUUAGCAUGUUCCCACAAAAAUCGUGGGCAAAAACACAGGAUGAACUCAAAGGCAUCAUGUUUGCUUUUGCAUUCAAGGAUGAUAUGUUUAGCAAAGUAGAAAGUGAAUGCCAUGUUGUACCUGAAAGACGAUUUCGAGCUGAUCUUGUCAUUAUUAAAAAAGAUGGAAUUGGUGUAACUGUGGAGAUAGCAUCUGGUAACGAUAGUGAAGAAGAGGCUUUGCAAAAAAUUUUUGAUAAGCAAUAUUUUAAAGCUCUUCCUGAUAGCAUUGAACAAAAAAUUUACAUUGGCUUGCAGUUCAAUUAUUCCAUUGGUAGCGCAAAUAUCUGUUCUAAAGUAACUUCUGGAAAAACUCCUAACACGGAGAUCACAGCAGCGAAAUUCAAUGAGUUCAAGAUUAUUCAUUGCAGUGCACGGCGAAAUGACUAGAAAACAAAAGUAUGAGAAGUGUAGGAAAAAUAAGGAAAAAAAAGUUUUUUUGUUUAAUCUUUUAAACUGACUUUAAACUUUUAAAAGAAAUUAAUAGUCUAAAUUAUUUUGUAAGGUUUUUUUGGAAUUUAUAUCUUUCCUUAAAUUAUAGAGCAAAGUCUGACACAUGUGUUACUUCAAAUUUCUCAUCAUUCUUUUUGUUGUUUCUUUAGUAAAAUUAUUUUGAUAAGAUGAUGCCAAAAAAUCUUUAUUGUUAAAAGAAAAUUUAUGCACUUCAAAGAGGGUAAACACUAUCUGGUGACCAAGUAAAGUCACAAGUAUCAAAGUAAAGUCACAAGUAUCAGAUAUUUAAGAAAAGUGAAAGGGGAAAAACAAGUUUGAUCUCUGCUUAACCUUUUUUUUCGAGGAUUUGAAAAACGAUGCCAUUAUCUAAGAUUAUGCUUCCAUCUGACACAUUGAAAUAUAGCCCUAUUUCAUGAGUUCAUCAGGAAAGAUCAUGUUCCUCAAGACUAUUGUACUUUGUUUGAAGAGUUUUUUUUUUCCUAUCCAUGUUGUAGUUUGUAAAUGUUUUUUAUAUGACUCUGAAAGAUGCUUAUGAUUUAUAAUUUAUAUAAAAAAAAUUCUUUCCUGUGAUUUAUACUUAAAUUCUUUUCGAGGAUUUGAAAACUAUGUCAUUAUCUGAGAUUAUGCUUUCAUCUAAUAUGUUGAAAAUAUUGCUCUGUUUUUUAGAGUUGAUAAGGAAAGAUCAUGUUCUUUAAGACUAAAUUAUAUUUCCUUUAAAAAGUUUUCAAAAGAGUUUUUUUUUAUGUAUAUUGUAGUUUGUAACUGUAUACAUGACUCUGGAAAAUGCUUAAGAUUUAUAAUUUUUUUAAAUUUCUUGUUAUUUGUACUGAAGUUCUUUCAGAGGAUUUUAAAACAAUGUCACUAUCUGAAAUAAUGUUUUCAUCUAACACGUUGAAAUAUUGCUCUUUUUUUAGAGUUCAUAAGGAAAUAUCAUGUUUUUUAAGAGACUAAAUUGUAUUUUCUUUAAAAAGUUCUCAAAAAGAGUUUUUUUUAUCUAUGUUGUAGUUUGUAAAUAGUUUAUAUGACUCUAGAAGAUGCUUCUGAUUUAUAAUUUAUUUGAAAAUAUCUUGCUUGUCAUUUAUACUUACUGUCUUCGAGGAUUUGAAAACUAUACCAUUAUCUGAGAUUAUGUUUUCAUUUAACACGUUGAAAUAUUGCCCUGUUUUUUAGAGUUCAUAAGGAAAGAUCACGUUCUUUAAGAAUAAUUGUAUUUUCUUUGAAGAGAUUUCAAGAUAAGUAUUUUUUUUUUAUCUAUGUAGCAGUUUGUAAAUAUUUGACAUGAUUGACAAAGCAACUGAAACGAAUAUGUUUUGUUACUUUCAGUUGCUUUGUUACUAAAAAGAACAUUUGCUUAGGUUUUUAUUCUACAUUUUUCGUGAAUUAACAAAACAAGGCUAUUUCCUGACAUUAUGCUUCCAAUUACAUUGGAAAUUGCUCUAUUACAUUUCAAAACUAAUUACUGAAUUCAAAAUUUUUUUUAUUCCAUUGUUCGAAUAAGAGCGACAAAAACUUAAUGGUUCUGGGAUAUGUCUGGGGAUAAAUUAAAAUAAAAAAAGAUAUCACUUUUAUACAGCUUGAAAAUUUCAUGAUUUUAGGUGUUAAGCUUUUUUGCAGCAAAACAAAUUGUCACAGAAACAUUCAAAACUGUAGUGGUUGCUCCGGCUUGUACAAUCUUUUAAUAAAAAAAUUUUUCUGUACAAACUAA